AUGCACGAUAUCGAGCAAGGAAUUGGUAACUCCGGCGCGUCAACACAGGCUAACGUCGUGCUCGUCGGGCACGAGAACACCCGUCGGCCGACUGGACUUGAAAAUCUGGACUCGGGAGCAACAGGGAUAACUUCAGCAGCCAGAAGGGAUUCGUCCUGGGUCGUCCUGGGUCGUCCUGGGUCGUCCUGGACCGUCCAGGAGAUAGCAUGGAAUGCGGACGCCCAAAAUCUGACAAGACUUCAGGUCAAACGCCAAUCUCCCGCCUCCAGAGCACGCUUGCCAGAAGAAUAG